UGCAAAAGAUGGAUUCAAUUUGGUUGCAAUUCGAUAAUCGGCGCGGCGGUGAUCGGGGACCGUGUGAUUUACAGAGAUUUCAGUUGAACGAUGGAGAUUACUCGUGAAGCUUCUGGAGAAGUGGUCUUGGUCUGCAACGUCUUACAGUAGCUUUUCAAGCUUCAAUCAUGGCGAAAAGUUUGACUAAAACUCGAGGCGGCCGCCAUGGAAGGUGAAGGAGAGCUCGGAAGCUCCAUCAAUGGCGGUAGGCUGCUCUUCUUCUCACUGCCGUUGCAAGGCCACAUGACGCCGAUGCUUCAUCUCGCCGCCAUUCUUCAUUCCAAAGGCUUCUCCAUUUCUUUCAUCCACACUAAAUUCAACGCCCCCAAUUCCUCCAAAUACCCUCAGUUCACCUUCCAUCCCCUCUCCGACCAUCUCUCCGAAUCCGAAACUGCAGGUCUCAGCGUCUUCGAUUUAGCGUAUUUGAUCAACGACAAGUGUUCGGAGCCUUUCCGAGAUUUAUUGACUGAGUUCUUCACCGAUUCCUCCGAGAAUCGUCCUUACGCUCUGUUUUCAGAUCCUGCCCUAACUUUCACCAGAGACAUCGCCAAGAGCUUCGCCCUUCCGAGAUUUGUGCUCAGAACCUCCGGCAUCGGCGCUUUCCUCGUCUAUAGCUCAUUUCCUCUGCUUCAGGAGAAACAUUAUCUCCCGAUUCAAGCUUCUCAGUUAGAACAAUCCGUUGGCGAUCUUCCUCCACUAAGAGUCAAGGAUCUGCCGGCGAUCGGCGUGCCGGACAUGGAAACAUUCACCAAGUAUAUAUCAGAGCUUGUCGAGGAAGCUAAAACUUCUUCAGGCGUCAUAUUCAACUCAUUCGAAGAGCUCGAAGACUCUGCCAUGGCUGUUCUUCGCCAAACUUUUCCAGUGCCGAUAUAUCCAAUCGGUCCCUUUCACCUAUACUCACCACCGAAUUCGAGCAGCUAUUUAACACCUGAUCGGACUUCCAUCUCCUGGCUGGACAAACAAGCCCCAAAGUCAGUGAUCUUCGUGAGUUUCGGAAGCGUUGCAUCAUUGAAACAGAGAGAAUGCUUGGAAAUCGCUUGGGGAUUAGCCAACAGCGGCUGCCAUUUCUUGUGGGUGAUCAGACCUGGAUCAAUCUCCGGCAUGAAUCGUCAAGAUGCAUUGCCUGAACAGUUCAUGGAUAUGGUGGAGGGACGAGGAUACAUUGUCGAAUGGGCUCCUCAGCACGAUGUUUUGGCACAUCCAGCCAUUGGAGCUUUUUGGACGCAUUGUGGAUGGAAUUCAACGCUGGAGAGCAUCUGCGAGGGUGUGCCUAUGAUUUGCACGCCCCGUUUUGCCGAUCAGAUGGUGAACUGCAGAUACGCGACGAAUGCUUGGACGAUAGGUGUGGAACUGAGGGAUGGAUUGGAAAGGGAUAAUAUCGCUAAGGUAGUCAGAAGACUAAUGGUGGAGGAAGAAGGGCUGGAGAUUCGACAGAGAGCUUUGGAUUUGAAAAUGAAGGCUAAAUUAACAGUAACACAGAACGGAGGCGGGGCUUCAUUCGAAUCGUUGAAGAGCUUAAUGAGCUGCCUAUCAUCAUCUUCUUGAUUGCUGCAAAGUACGAUCUCUCAUGAUUAAUCUCAGUUUUCUUGUUUAGUUCGUGUAUAUAUAUGUGUGUGUUCUUUGGGUAUUGUUUGGUAUCUUUAAAUGCAAAUUUGGGAAUGUGGUGAAUCAAUCUAUGAUCUAUGUGUCGAAUUGCUUGUUUAAUUGCAUGUUGUAAUUUUAUUUGAAUUAUUUCUGCUGCAAGGUUGUAACUUUUAUGGGAGAUUGUCGGCAUUUGAUUAGAUACACUCGAACAUUUCAAUCUUA